AUACCCAAAUACUGAAUGAAUGUAGCUUUUUCUGAUAUACUGGAGCAGCGCCUUAAUUAAAAAAAUUUCAAGAAUCAUUAUUUAUGUAUGGUUUUUUGGGUUAAGGUGUCAUUGAAACUAUUCCCAAGAUACCAUAGAGAGUGAAAUAGUGAGAGGUAAGUUACAAAAAUCACUCUGCAUAUUUAGGAAUAAAAUGCACAACUUUCUAGGUAAAAGAGUCAGUACUUGAAGUUCAUCUUAUUUAUUACUCUAUUAUUAUAAUGUAAAAAUAUACUAAUAAUAGUGGUAUAGAGUAGUUUUUGGUGUGUACCAUGCAAAUGAAACUAGUAUUUUAGUAGAAAAUUUUUCAGAGUGGAUCUAAACUACAUUCAUGGUUCUUACCUCUUCAGCAUGUAAAUGGCCAACUUCUCUUCAAGUUAGUUAUGCCUUCAUUUACUUUAGUGUCGAUAAUUUUCUUGCCAAAUCUUGUAUGAAGUCUAAACAUAUAUAUAAGUUUUUUGUUGCAUUUAGUAUACUAGUGUUUAACUUAGCAUAUGAUUUAAGUGCUAUACAUAAAGUUUACUUUAAUUGAUGAAAAACAGUCUCCCUCUGUUUGUUGAUAAAUAGUUGUUUUAUGAAUAUUUCGAGGGCAUUUGGGUCUUAUUAAGUUUAGUACACAUCUUAAAGUAUCCAGAUCUGCUGCCUUUUAAAUCUACUAUUAGGGAAAAGAAAUCAAGAAAAGGGUGAAAUUUUUUUUUUUUGUUGUUGAGUGAUAUAGAAGAGUGAGAAAAUGAGAUCGAUAGAGGAUAAAGGAUGCUUGAGUUAUGGAAAAAAACAAGAAGUAGUAGGAGGGAGUAGUACUAUGAAUUAUGAGUUUCAUCAUAGAACAGUAGCCUCAGGUAAACCAACACCAUCAAAAUGGGAUGAUGCACAAAAAUGGUUAGUCAAUCUAUCAAGAGGGGGAGGUGAAAAACACCAAUCUAAAGCGUCCCCUAGAAACUCGAAUGCUGAUGACUUAAGGCUGAUUGCGCCGGUCCCAAAGAAAGAAGAAGACUACUCGAGUGGCAGCGAUGAGGGAGAUUCUAGUAUGAUGAUGAUUCAAUUUGGUGUAGAAACAAAGAAAGUUGAUAAUUGUGAUGAUUCAAAAUCAAUGUGGAGAAUCAAUAAAGCUGGUUGUAAUAGCAACUCAUCAGCCGGUGCUGUUCGAUCGAUAUGUGUUAGAGACAUGGGAACAGAAAUGACCCCAAUUGCUAGCCAAGAACCAUCGAGAACAGGGACGCCAAUUAGAGCGAGAACUCCAGCAGCAAGAAGCCCAAUAUCCUCAGGAUCUUCUACUCCUAUAAGGGGCCAAAAUGGGGUAGUGCAGACUAUAGAAACUGGUCAAAUCGUUGCCACUGCCAUCAUUGGUGACAACAGGGGAAAUGCAGGUGCUACACGUAUUGUUCGCGGUGUAGAGGAAACUAUUAACAAUGAAUUAACAGCUAACAAGGAAACAGACAAUGCCAACAACAAGCUUAAUCCACUGGAGACGCGCGCAAUGGUGUGGGACGAGGCUGAACGUGCUAAGUACAUGGCAAGGUACAAGCGCGAAGAGGUGAAGAUACAAGCUUGGGAAAAUCAUGAAAAGAGGAAGGCUGAAAUGGAAAUGAAAAGAAUGGAGGUGAAAGCGGAGAGAAUAAAAGCGAGGGCAGAGGAGAAGUACAGAAACAAAUUGGCAUCAGCAAGGAGAAAAGCAGAAGAGAAAAGAGCAAAUGCUGAAGCACAACUGAAUGAAAAAACUGUAAAGAUUUGUGAAAAGGCAGAUUACAUAAGGAGGACUGGUCAUCUUCCUUCAUCUUUCUCUUUUAAGUUACCUUCUUCUUCCUGCUGGUAGUACCAUUAAUUUGUACCUACUAUCACUACUAUUUUUAGUUAAUACAAUUAUUAGCACUACUGUUGGUGCAGCCUAAA